AUGUCUGCUGGCCAUACACGUGCAACACCACACGAGGAGCGUCAUGAAAGUAUCUAUCAGAUAGAAAGUGGGGAAUACAAUACACCAUUGAAAUCUGAGUCUCAGGAGACUUCAAAUGAAGGGGCCAGUACCAAAAGUAUUUGCAAUGGUGGCAAUAAUGAGCAGGUUGAGAUUCAAGUGGAGCACCAACAAGAAGAAGAUGAUGAUGAUGAAGAGGACGAAGAUUAUGUUUUGGCAGCAAAUAAUGAUGAUGGCGAGGUAAUUUUAAACGAUAAAGAGAUACAGGCCAAGAGUUUGGAAGGGGACGACGAUGACGAAGAAGACUACAUACAAGAAGAGGAUCUAAAGGAAAUGGCCAAGUAUAGCUCUAUUGAAUCGAAUGAAGGUGGUCUAGUCAAAACAAGAAGACAAAGGCAGUUGGAGGCCGAACAAGAAAGACAGCAAAAGAAGAGUUCCAGUAUGAUGAAUCAAUCGAAAACUUCCAAUGCGGAUAUCAAUUCGAUUUGGGCCGAACUGAAUUCCAUGUCAAGCUCAAGGCCAAACACAACCAAGGACACGGCUAAGCAGCAGACUGGAUUUAUGGACACGGAGGAAACAAAGAGUUCAGAACGCGCCAAGCCUACCGCUGAUAGUGUAUUGAAGCCCCAGACAAUUAAGAUCACCAGGACCUAUGAAUUUGCAGGUAAGAUGAUCACCGAGGAGAAGGAGGUUGAUGCAGAUUCCGAGGAGGCCAAAGCACAUUUGAACUCAACUGCUAUUAAAGGGACACCAAAAGAAGGUUCUCUUGAGCCAUCCGCACCCCAUACUCUAAGGAGAAAGAGGAAGAGAGAAAGUCUACUAGAUGCCGUUAUAACCAAUUCUUCAACUGCAAAACUAUCUACAUUGGAAAAAUCCAGGCUGGAUUGGGCUAAUUUUGUGGAUAAGUCUAAAAUUAGUGAAGAACUUAAAUAUAACAACAAAGGUGGGUUUUUGGAGAAACAAGACUUCCUUAAUAGAGUCGAAUCACGAAGAGAUGGCUUACUUAAGGAAGCGAAAUCAAAGAAAUAA